AGCAGCGAGUGGGUGAUGCAGAGCAUGGCCAAGGGCACCGACGCCUACAGGCGUCACCACGGCUUCGGCGCCACCUCCCACCGCCGAACCAAGGAGGGCGCCGCCUCCAGAGGGCAGCUCAUCAGAUUCCUUAAUGCCGGAAUCUUUGGGUCGGGCCGGGAAUCGGGGCAGACGCUGCCGGCGGCGGCGACGCGCGCGGCGAUGCUCGUGCGGAUCAACACCCUGCUGCAGGGCUACUCCGGCAUCCGGUUCGAGAUCCUCGAGUCGAUCACCGCGCUCCUCAACUCGCAUGUCACCCCGUGCCUGCCGCUCCGCGGCACGAUCACCGCGUCCGGCGACCUUGUGCCGCUGUCCUACAUUGCCGGCAUCCUCACCGGCCGUCCCAAUUCUGUCGCCGUCGCUCCCGACGGCCGCUCCGUCGACGCCGCCGAGGCCUUCCGCCUCGCGGGGAUCCCCCACGGCUUCUUCGAGCUGCAGCCGAAGGAGGGGCUGGCGCUGGUGAACGGCACCGCCGUCGGCUCCGGAUUGGCCUCGAUCGUCCUGUUCGAGGCCAACAUCCUCGCAGUGUUGUCGGAGGUCAUGUCGGCGGUGUUCUGCGAGGUGAUGCAGGGGAAGCCGGAGUUCACCGACCACCUGACGCAUAAGCUGAAGCACCACCCGGGGCAGAUCGAGGCCGCGGCGAUCAUGGAGCACGUGCUCGAGGGGAGCUCCUACAUGAAGAUGGCGCGGAAGCUCCACGAGCUCGACCCGCUCCAGAAGCCGAAGCAGGACCGGUACGCGCUCCGCACGUCGCCCCAGUGGCUCGGCCCGCAGAUCGAGGUCAUCCGCGCGGCGACCAUCUCGAUCGAGCGGGAGAUCAAUUCGGUGAAUGACAACCCGCUGAUCGACGUGUCGAGGAACAAGGCGCUCCACGGCGGCAACUUCCAGGGGACGCCGAUCGGCGUGUCGAUGGACAACACCCGGCUGGCGAUCGCCGCGAUCGGGAAGCUCAUGUUCGCGCAGCUCUCGGAGCUCGUGAACGAUUUCUACAACAACGGGCUCCCCUCGAACCUCUCCGGCGGGCGCAACCCUAGCUUGGAUUACGGCUUCAAGGGCGCGGAGAUCGCCAUGGCGGCGUAUUGCUCCGAGCUCCAAUUCCUCGCCAACCCGGUCACGAACCACGUCCAAAGUGCGGAGCAGCACAACCAGGACGUGAACUCGCUCGGGCUCAUCUCGGCGCGGAAGACCGCGGAGGCGGUGGAGAUACUGAAGCUCAUGUCCUCGACGUUCCUCAUCGCGCUCUGCCAGGCGAUCGACCUGCGCCAUCUGGAGGAGAACCUAAAGAACGCCAUCAAGAACGCGGUGAGCCAGAUCGCGAAGAGGGUGCUCACGAUGGGCCCCAACGGCGAGCUCCAUCCGUCGAGGUUCUGCGAGAAGGACCUGAUCACGGUGAUCGACCGCGAGCACGUGUUCAGCUACGCCGACGACCCAUGCAGCGCAACGUACCCGCUGAUGCAGAAGCUCCGACAAGUCCUCGUCGAGCACGCGCUCGGCAACGGCGAGAAGGAGAAGGCCACGGAGACGUCGAUCUUCCAGAAGAUCUUCGCGUUCGAGGAGGAGCUGAAGGCCCAGCUGCCGAAGGAGGUGGAGGCGGUGCGGGCGGCGGUCGAGAGCGGAAGCUCCGCGAUCGCCAACCGCAUCAAGGAGUGCCGGUCGUACCCGUUGUACCGGUUCGUGCGGGAGGAGCUCGGGACGGAGUACCUCACCGGCGAGAAGGUGCGGUCGCCGGGCGAGGAGUUCGACAAGGUGUUUGUGGCCAUCAAUGAAGGGAAAUUGAUUGAUCCCCUCCUUGAGUGCUUGAAGGAGUGGAAUGGUGAGCCCCUCCCCAUAUGCUGAGGGGUUCUGAGAAUUUGUUUGAGCCACAUCCCUGAUUUGAAAAAAUUUUAAGAUUUGUGAUGUUGUAAUCUUAAAAGUGCCCAAGUAGGCAGAUAUGAAUUUGUGCUGUAUCACUUCUUAGACACUGUUCUUUAUUUCUUUAUUUUCUUUCUUUUUUUGGCUAUAGUUUGGUAUUUAUUAUAUUGUUGUAAUGGAGGAUAAAAUGUAUUUAAGCAUAUGCAGAACAUAAUUGGUUCAAUUUGCCUAUGAAAUGGUGCAAGUUUUUCCAAA